AACCCUGGCAAGUCUUGGUCCUGUUGAGAAGAUGGCUGUGAAGUCUGCCAAACCAAAGCAGAGGACCAUGGCUGAGGGAGUAAGGUCCACACUGUACAAAGCCAUCAGUGGGGAGUUGCUGGACCUGUCCAUUUUCAGAGUGUCAGAGAUCUACAAAGAGUUCAACCCUGUUUCUGCACCAACCAUUUGUACAAUGGGUAUCACCUGUGAGGUGCCACUAGUGGACUCUGCACUCGGUUUGGUACAAGCAGGCAGUCCCUUGUCAUACCAACAACCCAAGGCAAGAAGUCGCCCUGUUGCUCACCAUGACGCUCCACCAUGUCCAGAUUUGCCAUUGGCUGGCUGCAGACUGGAGACAUCAUGCAGUAUGUUUGUUUUCACUGAGCAUCAACAGCUGCACUUCAAGUCACUUGAGGUUACCUGGGAGAUGGCUAAAAAAAUAGAGGAUGCAACUAGGGGUCAAAGUACAUCAGCAGACUGGCAUAGACUGAGGAAACCCAGACUCACUUCCUCACAUUUUGGCGAAAUAUGCCAUGCUAAACCAUGCACCUUAGAUAAGAUGGCAGACCGGAUGCUCAGAGGGGUCCGUCAGACAGCAGCAAUGAAGAACCUGCGUGAAGCUGGCCCCCCAUGUUAUUCAAAAAUGAUUAAAAACACUGUUAUUCGUUUGUGCUACGUUUGUGCCGGUUUGUGCCGUAAAAAGUAUCGUUUGUGCCGUUAAGGGUUUUUAAGUAAUUCAACUUUACAUUUUCUGGCCAGUGACGUCACUCAGCCCCCCAUACAUGUCCAAAUUUCCCCAAAAUGGUCUCAAUCGUUUGUGCUACGUUUGUGCUGGUUUGUGCCGUUAAAAGUAACAUUUGUGUUGCUAUGUUUUUUAAGCUAUUCCACUUAAUUUGUUACACGCGUGACGUCACCCAGCCCCCCAUCAAUGUCCAAAUCUUCCAAAAAUGGUCUCA